AUUUGGGUGAGCACAAGAUGAUGGCGGACAACCGAUCGACAUCGGCGCCAUGGCUGCUACCGCCGAUCGCGCUGCAGAUUCUGCACUACCUCGACGACGCCGAUGACGCACACGCAUUUCUUCAAGCGGCGCCCAACGACAGCCUUGAUGACGCGCUCGACGCGCUACGGACGCUCUUGGCCAUGGACGUGGAGCUGCCGCUCUGGCCCACGGCCCACAUUGCCGGCCUGGACGAAGCCUAUACCAGUGUCUUCGCGACAGCGCUUCCAUUGUUCAAGACGAUUACUGUCACGAGCAGCCAGAAUAACUGCAAGAUAUGUCAUGCGACGGAGCUACCGCCGACAACCGCAUUGAGCGCCACCGUGGAGGACGGCGUCAUCAGCGUCCGAGCUGCCCUCGGCGAUUGGCUCCCACGCCUCGUGGAUCUCAAAGUCAUGAGCGGAAACGAUCUGAACGCUGUGGCACUUGUCAAAGAUGACCUCUCGGCAUGCCAUGACCUCCGUGCGCUGACCAUGAACCAGGAAGAUGGGCUUGGCCAAGACGCCUUUGACGCUGCGCUGACGGCUGUCAUCGCAACGUGCCCGCAGGUCGAACGUAUCUGCGUCGGUUCGUCCAGUCUCUCGUACAUGUCGGACUGCAAGCACCUCGUUGCGUGGUUGGCGCUGCCGUCCGCGCGCCAUCUCAAGGUGGAGUGUACCGACUUUCAAGACGAGCUCGGUGCUGAGCUGGCGGUGGCCAUGCUCACGUCGACUACGCUCGAGACGAUCGAGCUAUCUGAGGUGCCGAACCUCACGCGCGCGAUUCUUUGUCCGUCGUCGCCGCCGAUGCCGUCGCAACUGCAACACCUAACGAUCUGCGACUGUAUGACGACUGGCGGGUACGAUUCAUGGGACGACGGCAACAACACUACUGUGGAUCCUCCAUCGGCGUUCGACGAAUCAAACGUGGUCGACGUUGCCACCAAGAUUUCGACUGCUUCAAGCCUCAAAAGCUUGGACUUGUGGUCUCGAACGUCGUGCGAUGCAACUCCAGUCGUCAACAUAUUGCCGCAGCUACCGACAUUGACCAAGCUCGCGCUUCAGGACGUGCAUUUGGCCGCGUUUCCGUCACUGCGUCAGCUUUGGCAUCUUGAACUGUGGUGGGUGAGCUUCUCGGAUGACGCCAUCGCGUCGCUCGCAACGCUGCUUUGCUCGUCCCCAAAGCUGACUGGCUAA